AUGGCUGGACCACUUGGCUUCCCCGGCCUUGGUUACAAGCACCAUCAUAGACCUCAUGAUCCAUAUACUGGCGGCAAUGAGUACUAUCGUGGGAACCGAGAUACGCUAUUUGGAGAUUUUGCAACCCACCAAAGGCACGCGCAUGUGCGUAUGUUUAGCGGUAAUUCGUCGCCAUAUGGACGCAUGGGAGGGUAUCAAUCCCCAUUUACAGGUCUAGGAGGGGUGAAUCCUAUGAUGGGAGGAUACCCAUCGCCUGGCUUUUCUUCACCACUAGGUAUGGGCAUGGGUAUGGGCAUGGGCAUGGGUCCUCAUGGUCGGCGCCCUGUCAUCGGGCACGGAUAUCAACAGCCUUCACCGUUUGGCAUGGGCACUCUACCUCGAGGGAAUUCUACUUUCCCUCAUCGCCAGCGUGGAUACUCAUCAUGGCCUAGGGCCCAACGCAGUCCCUUCUCAUCGCGCUUCGUCGACGAAGAUGGCUCGGAAGACGACGACGAUUACAGUAUGUUGCCCAUGUACAGCUUCCCGAGACGGAGAAGAGGCGGCUUUAGGCAUUAUCGGCAAGCACCACAUGGGAGGUCUUUCAGAGGCACUUUAUUGGACGACUAUGACGAAGACUACGAUGGUUACGAAAACUUUGACGAGGAAGACGACGAUGAUGAUUUCGACGACUUUUUCCCACCUCGCCGAUGGCAAAGAUACUAA